GAGAUCCCGUAGACCCCGAACACAGAGAGAUCUCUUUCUCCUUUCGAACGGAGUUUAAGAACGUGGUGAAGUAAUAUUAAGUGUCAUCCUUCUGUUUUUGUUAAAUAUUUCGAUUAACACGAGGAAGAAAAUAUAUAUUUGAUAUAUAUAUAUAUAUUAAGAUUUUUUAAUUAAUUAACGUCAAAGUAAUCACGUUGAUAUAUACACGUAAUAAAUAAUUAACGGGAAGGGAGACAAAGACAGCAAGACAAGGAAUCAUCAGGAACAUUUUUUUGAAUCAACAUGAGGACGUACUACGUGAUAGCCACCAUUCUGAUCGCCGGCAUUACCAACGCUCAAGAAAAUUUCAAAUGUCCGGACGACUUUGGUUUUUAUCCCCAUCACAUAUCGUGCGACAAAUAUUGGAAGUGUGAGAACAAUUUGGCGGAAUUGAAAACGUGCGGUAAUGGUUUGGCGUUCGACGCGUCCGAUAGUAAAUUCCUAACCGAGAAUUGUGAUUAUCUUCACAACGUUGAUUGCGGCGAGAGAACACAAUUAGAACCGCCAAUUAGUACGCCGCAUUGUGCUCGUCUUUACGGUAUAUUCCCAGACGAAAAGAAAUGCGACGUAUUUUGGAAUUGUUGGAACGGCGAAGCAUCGAGAUAUCAAUGCAGUCCUGGACUUGCUUACGAUCGUGAAGCGAGAGUAUGCAUGUGGGCCGAUCAAGUCCCCGAAUGUAGAAACGAAGAGGUCGCAGGAGGUUUCACGUGUCCGGCCGCAGGCGAAGUGAGCGGUGCAUCCGGCAGCUUCAGUAGACACGCCCAUCCUGAGGACUGCAGAAAGUACUACAUAUGUCUCGAAGGUAUAGCUAGAGAAUAUGGCUGCCCAAUCGGAACUGUCUUCAAAAUUGGUGACGCCGACGGCAGCGGUGCUUGUGAGGAUCCUGAGGAUGUUCCAGGAUGCGAGGAUUACUAUGGUGACUUGGACCUAAAAAGCAUCAGGAAGAGCGAGUUGCUCGCUGGAAUUCAAAGUUCUGGCGAACCGAGGAAGCCAUCACAAGGCAAACCUAGACCCGCACCGAUACCCGCGAGGCCAUCCGCACCUCUCCAGGAAUAAUCUACUCUAUCAAUUAUUUCUUUAUCUUUUCUUUUUUUUUUCUUCUUCUUCUUCUUUUUUCUUUUCGUUUAUCAUUUCCUCCUCCUUCUCCUUUUUCUUAUUUUUUUCUUCUUUCUUCUCUGUAUUCAAUUUUUCUUAUUAUACUACUUUUUCUCAACUCAUUCGCUCCUUUUCUCUCUCUCUCUCUCUCUCUCUCUCUCUACAUACACAUAUACAUGCACAUACACGUACGCAUGCACGUACAAACAUACAAACACUCGAUUUAUCAUAAUACUAUUUGUCCUAUUUCUUCGUUAUCUCAUUUGAUCCUUCAUUUAUUUCAAAACUCAAUCGCAAGUUCCUUCUUAUGAUAUAUUCUUUAUCUUGUUUUUCUUAUUUUCUCUCUCUCUCUCUCUCUCUCUCUCUCUCUCUCUCUCUCUCUCUCUCUCUCUCUCUCGCAUUUUUUUGGAGAAGAGUAACCGGUUCCAAUUCGUUAAAAUCGAUCGCCUUUAAACGAGACCCUGCCACCCCCUGACCCCUCCCCCUCCCCCGAUUAAACGUCGAAGUAAAAUCGUUAACACGUGUUCCUUGGAAUCGCGUUUCUCUUUGAACACGAUCGAAAUCGUUACUAAUAAUGUAUUAUAAAAUACAUUUGGGAAGGUCCGAAAUUAAAAUCGCGAGGAUCUCUCUCUCUCUCUCUCUCUCUCUCUCUGUCUCUCUCUCUCUUUGUUCUUUCUUUCAAAGAAUAAAAAACGAUCAACGUUUUUACAAAAUCGAUAUGGACGAUAUAACGCGAUAAAAAAAAAAGAAAAGAAAGAAAAAAAUAACAACAGCAACUACAACAACAACAACAACGAUAACAACGACAACAAAAACAAAAAUUAUAAUAAUAGUAAUAAUAAUAAUAUUAAUAUUAAUAAUAAUAUUAAUAAUAACAAUAACGAUCUUGGAAAUUUGUGUUAUGUAAAUGGAUAUACGUAUCUAAUUAUUAUCGUCCCGAUUAUAUUAUCGAUAUAUUUUUUAAUAGCUUCAAUGAUUGAUGUCCGCUAAUUACGAGUCUGAAUGUAAAUUAUAAUAUUGGCUGAUUGUUAAUCAGUUUGUUAACGAACGAUUCAUUGAUCUAUUGAAUUUAGUGCAAAGUCAUAUAUACAUAUAUAUAUGUGUAUAUAUAUAUAUAUAUAUAUGUAUGUAUGUAUGUAUGUAUGUAUGUAUAUAUAUAUACACAAUCAUUGUUCGGAAGUGCCGAUCGGUUUGAUAUCGAAUGUCGAUAUUAAUAAAAUAAUUAAAAUAAAUAACGUGUCUGAUUUCUCUUUAUUUAUACACGCAAUAAACAUAAUCGAUAACAAACUAAUUCGCACUUCCAAUAAUAAUAUCUCUGAAUGGAUUUAAAGAAAGAAAGAAAGAAAAGAAAAGAAAAGAAAAGAAAAGAAAAGAAAAAAAAAGAAAAGAAAAAGAAGAAGAAACGUUUUCAUUUUAUCCCGCAUCGUUCCAAGGAUAUAAAAUUUAUUAAUCAUUAAUUUUAAUUAACCUAAGAGAGUUCGCUGACACCGCGACUGCCGAAAAAAAAGAAACGAAAGAAAAAAAACGUUGAAAAAAAAAAAAGAAAAAAAAACAAAAAAAGAA